CUAUGCACGAGUUCUCAGCCAAGGACAUCGACGGGCACACGGUCUGCCUGGACAAGUACCGGGGCUUCGUGUGCAUCGUGACCAACGUGGCCUCGCAGUGAGGCAAGACGGACGUAAACUAUACUCAGCUUGUCGACCUGCACGCCCGAUAUGCUGAGUGCGGUUUACGUAUCCUGGCCUUCCCCUGCAACCAGUUCGGGCGGCAGGAGCCAGGGAGUAACGCGGAGAUCAAAGAGUUCGCGGCUGGCUACAACGUCAAGUUCGACAUGUACAGCAAGAUCUGCGUGAACGGGGACGACGCCCACCCGCUGUGGAAGUGGAUGAAAGUCCAGCCCAAGGGGAGGGGCAUGCUGGGAAACGCGAUCAAGUGGAACUUCACGAAGUUUCUCAUCGACAAGAACGGCUGUGUGGUGAAGCGCUACGGCCCCAUGGAAGAGCCCCUGGUGAUAGAGAAGGACCUGCCCUGCUAUCUCUAGCUCCACAAGUGUGCCCCCACCCAGAGCCCCCUGCCGCGCCCUGGCGCCUUCCACCGGCACCUAUGACGGUCUGCCUGCAAACCAGCCUGCUGGUGGGGCAGACCCGAAAUCCGGCGUGCACCCCGCCGAGGAAGGUCCCGCGGCUUGGCACCCCACCCCUGGCUGCCUUGUGGGAAUAAAACCUACUAAAGUGC